GGGUUCUGAGUCCUUUUAGCUUGAUAGCCCCAUAAAAAGAUAAUAAAUCUUCAAACCAAGGAAUGAGUGGACCUUUAUGGUAACUGUCUUGCCCCAGAAAUUCCACUUCACUGAAAAGAUGGUUUGGGGGUUGGGAGGGGGACUGCAGAGGACUCUAGGACCCAGCAGGCGGCGGCAGGCGGCAGUGUGUGGAUCGCUGAGACUCGGAGGGUCCGGCUCAGUUUUAAUUCUCCUCUAAUCUCCGCAACAGCAGCGCUUCCCGGGUCCCGCGGCUCCUGCUCCCGCUCAGCCGCCCUCACUGCCAGGUGAGCAUCUGAGCAGCCUCCGCCCCAUCACCCGCCAUGGACAACCUCCAAGAAAAAGUGGCUCCGGACGCGCUUGCCUGAGAAUUCCGCACAAAAGAGGAACCCAAAAUGAAGACCCUGAUGCGCCAUGGUCUGGCAGUGUGUUUAGUGCUCACUACCAUGUGCACCAGCUUGUUGCUCGUGUACAGCAGCCUCGGCAGUCAGAAGGAGCGGCCCCCGCAGCAGCAGCAGCAGCAGCAGCAGCAGCAGCAGCAGCAGCAGCAGCAGCAGCAGCAGCAGCAGGCGACCGCGACUGGCAGCACGCAGCUUGUGGAGAGCAGUCCCCAGCCACAUAGAACCGCCCCCGUAGGACCCCGGCAGCUAGACGGAUACCUCGGUGUAGCAGACCACAAGGAUCCUGGAUCCUGGGAGAUUUAUAAAGACCAGACGUUCCUCGUUCCUCGGAGUUGUGCCGGGAGGAAUCUAAGAUUGGCACUGGGUGUCUGGUGAAAGCUGCAUGGUGGAAGGCGGUGAAUGAGAGGUGGGUCCUCCCAUGGUCCUUCCCUACAGGGAAGACAAGGUACAACUCUACUGCACAGACCUGUGGGGACACUUAUGGCUCUCCUGUGAGCAUCCAGUACCUAAAGGGGCGCAGUGGUCGAUUUUGUCAUCACGGUGAUCAGAUAAUCUGAUGUGACAGCUUGAAGAGGAAGCCUUUAUUUUGGCUCAUGGUUUGGGGGGACACGGGUCAUCAUGGCAGGGGAGAUGGUAGGUAGCAAGUAGCUACACUGGAGAGGGAGCCAGGUCUAAGAUUCCUGGCCUCUCCUACAUAUCAGCAGAAUUGGGAAGCAGAAAGCAGACAGAAAAUGGGGCCCCACCCUCACCCCGCCCAAGUGACCCACCCCCUACGGUAGAGCAAGCCUGUAGGGACAUUUGAUUCAAACCCUAGCAGGCAGAGUUCGCAUGGCCUAUCCCCUUUGAAUGUCCCUAAUCCUUAAAUGAUGACACUGGCACGGUUACUAUAAUUAGAUACAGGACCAAAAAUGAGGACCAGAGUGGAAAAACAGCGCCAGUUUCCUUUCUUGUUAGCAGAGGCUCUAAGAAACAUUCACUGGGCUCUAGAAAGCCCAGUACGAGUGUCUUGGGGUUGACUCCGAAUUAUCUGUGAGUGAUCACAGUAGCUUACCAUUAUUAAUUUGCUUAGGACCCGAUAUCCUACUUGAGAAUAGCAUAUCGAUGGGCUAAAUCAAUGAGUGUCUGAGGCCCCAGAGUGACUGUGGUCUUCAGUGAGCUCCAGGUCCCUAGGGAAUGACAACCUCAGCAUUGACUGGCCUGCUACUCAAAGACCAUUUGUAACUAUGGAGACGGGCUCUGUGUGUUACCCAGACACUUACCUCACCCUGCUAUCUUGUACAUGACCCACUUUCAUCAUCUUUUCUUUUGCUUUCAGAGUCAAAGUCUCACCAGUUAGCCUAGGCUAGCCCUGAACUUGCAACCCCCUGCCUCUACCCUUAGAGUGGGGAGUUUGCAAGUGUAUACCACUUUGCGCAGUGUAAGGGACAUUUUAGUUGUUCACUAACUCCCUGAGUAUGGAUGUUUUGCCUGCAUAUAUGCCUGUGCACCAUAUUUGCCUGAUCCUAUGGAGACUAGAAGAGGGUGUUGUGCUGGAGUUAAGACUGGCGUUACAGAUGAUUGGGAACUGACAUGCAGGGACUGGAAACCAAACUCAGGUCCUUUAGAAGAGCAGCCAGUGCUAUUAACAGCGAAGCCAUCUCUCCGGCCCCUAAAGGGCUUUUCUUAAUGAAUCUGCAGAACAGCAAAACCUCUGAAAGGUCUCAAGGGUGGAGAGCAGGCAGCCGCUCCUCUAUGCGGUCCCUAGGUUUCUAUGCCAACCUAUGGACGCCCAAGCUCAGCUGCAGUUCUCUCAUAACUUUCCUGUAGACCAUGCCGCCAUGGCACACAGAGUGCCUGCUGCUAGAAAUCAUUCACCGGGAAC